AUGGCCAGCCCCGGCGCCGGCCACCUCAUUCCAAUGGCCGAGCUGGCGCGGCGGCUCGUGGAGCUCGGCUUCUCGGCCACGAUCCUCACGUUCACCAACCUCUCCGCCCCACUAGAUCAACUUCUCCCAUCCCUCGCCGCCUCCGUCGCCACCGCCGCGCUCCCCGCUGUCCGGAUGGACGACCUUCCCGCCAACGCCCACGACGGCCGCGUGCUCGUGGAGCUCAUUCGCCGCUCCCUCCCCAACAUCCGCGACCUCGUCCGCUCCAUCAACAACUCUAGUACCGGGGCCGCCCCGCUCGCCGCUCUGGUGCCGGACUUCCUCUGCUCCAUGGCGCUGCCUAUCGCCGCCGAGCUCGGCGUCCCCGGCUACGUCUUCUUCCCUAGCAACCUGGCCAUGGUCGCCCUCACGCGCCACAUCGUCGAGCUCCACGAGGGCGCCGCUUUCGGCGAAUACCGCGACGUUGCCGUGCCUCUCGAGCUUCCCGGCGGAGUGUCGCUGAGCGGCGCUGACAUCCCGGACGCGUUCCGCGGCAGUUUCACCAACCCGCGUUACUCGAAACUUGUUGAGUUGGUCCGGAGCUAUCGCCUCGCCGACGGCAUACUGGUGAACACGCUCUACGACAUGGAACCUGCCACCGCGGAGGCGUUCGAGCAGCUGGCGGCGGAGCAAGCUGCUGGCGCGUCAGCGUUUGCGUACCCGCCGGUGUUCCCCGUAGGGCCGUUCGUCCGGCCGCCAGAUCCCGACGAAGCCGCCGCCGGCGCGUCGACGCCGUGCUUGGAGUGGCUCGAUCGUCAGCCGACCGGCUCUGUGGUGUACGUCGCCUUCGGGAGCGGCGGGGCACUUUCUGUGGAGCAGACGGCCGAGCUCGCGGCUGGUCUCGAGGCGAGCGGCCAAAGGUUUCUUUGGGUCGUGCGGAUGUCAAGCCUCGACGGCCGCGGCAUCCGAGACGAUGACGAUCCAUUAACGUGGCUCCCCGAGGGCUUCUUGGAGAGGACGAGGGGCAGGGGCCUGGCCGUCGCGGCGUGGGCGCCUCAGGUGCGCGUGCUGUGCCACCCUGCGACCGCCGUCUUCGUGUCGCACUGCGGGUGGAACUCGACUCUGGAGAGCGUGGGGUCCGGCGUGCCCAUGCUCGCGUGGCCGCUGUAUGCAGAGCAGAGGAUGAACGCCGUUAUCCUGGAAGAGAAGCUCGGGGUGGCGCUGCGGGUGCCGGCGGCACGAGAGGACGAUCGAUGCUUCGUGACGUGCUACGGGAUCGCCACCGCUGUGAAGGAGCUCGUGGAGGGGGGUCAGAAGUUGUGGCGACGGGCCGAGAACCUGCAGAAAGCGGGAGCACAUGCGUGGUCACCGUACGGGCCGUCGCGCCGGGUGCUCGAGGAGGUCGCCUUCAAGUUGAAGGCGGCGCUUGGCAGAGAGAAGUAGACGCGGCUCCCCUAACGUGCCAUUGGCACACCGACACGGGGACCCGGGCCCAUGCGUCGAUGGCUCCAUUUCAGGGGUGCAGUACGGGAGUGGAUCCGGCUCCGAAAGAAGUAACAAUUGCACCUGAAUAACAUUUGCGUCAUGCGGAUGCCACUAAAUCUAUCCACUUCCAUGUAAUUUUCGCAAUAAACACCAAUGACCGAUUUUUUGAUCAGUUGGGCCCAUCUAUAAACGGCUAGGUGCUGACAUGGCAUACAACUGUUAACAUCGUUUGUCGACUGUU